AUGGAUCUUAUUCUUUUGGAAGUAUAUAUAUACACCUUUCUAGUGUCGUCUUCUUCUUCUUCUUCUUCUUCUUCUAUUAAUUCCUCUAACUCUUAUGUGAGCCCAAGGAGAGAAAUAUUCACUUUGUGGAUGAAAUCUCUGGUCUACCAUGGAAAUGGAUGCACUGUUUAUGACUCAAAAGGCCAAAUUGUUUAUCGAAUUGACAACUACAACAUAAAACGUAGCAAAGAAGUCCAUCUCAUGGAUUCCAAUGGCAGAGUGCUCUUUUCUAUUCGAAAUAGGAAAGUUCCAGUUUUUGGACAUUGGGAUGGUUAUAAAUGGAGUUAUGAUGAAGUGACUAGUAAGGAGCUACCAUGGUUUCAAGUGAAGAAAAUUCACAAAGUCCGUAGAGGAGAUAAUAUGAGCUAUUAUAAUGUUAUAUUGGGAUGUAAUUCUGAAGCUAGUAGCUAUAACAUUAUCCUUGGCACAACAUCAAUUAAGAUUGUGAACCAAACAGGCAAACUUGUUGCAGAGGUAAAACAAAAACAAGCAAGUUCAGGAGUACUCUUUGGAAAUGAUGUAUUAACACUGGUGGUGGAACCUCAUGUUGAUCACUCAUUAGUUAUGGCUCUUGUCACUGUUUGUGGUCUCAUCCAUCACAGAAUCUGAUUAUUAGUA